ACUCGCCGCGAGUGAAACCAGAUGCAAGCAUGAAUGCGAACGUACGCGGAAGUUUGAAGAGAAAAAUAAGUGAUGCAGUGGAAGAAGUGAACGAUUCCGCUGGAGGCAAAAAAUAUAGAUGUCUCGCGGAUAUCGAUGCUGAAAGGAAAUGUGUAUACGAACAAAAAAAUUUCAAUCCGGGCAAUUUUAAGCGUCACUUUAUAUCCUGUCACGCGGAAGUGGCGCAUCGGUUAAACUUAGUGAGCGAAGGUAGUGAUCAGCCGCAAAAUACCAAAAAGCGACCAAAGUCGGCGUCUAAGGUGCAGGUGGAAACCACCAGAAGUAAUGUGCUUUUAGGCACAUUGCAAAUGAUAACAGAGAACAACCUCUCGAUUCGAUUCCCGGAAUGGGAAGGUGUUCAGUUGCUAUUGGGUCCUUUGUGGAAUGCAUGCGAUUUAAAAAUUUCAAGGAACACACUUCCAACCCUCAUUCACCGUGCUGCUGACAUUAUGCGGCAUACAAUGGCCGGUAAGUUUUACCAAAAGCCAAUUUGCCUUAAAGUAGAUGCAGCAACCCGGCAUUCGAAGUCGAUUUUUGGCAUAAACUUGACUUUUACGGAUGACGACGGCAUUGUACAGAUAAUGCAUUUAGCUGCUCACGAAAUGCCUGAAAGACAGACGCAAGAGAAUCUACAACGAGUAAUUAUGGAUGAGAUCAAGGUUUUUGGGAUUGAAUAUUCGCAAAUUGUGGCUAUCACCAGCGACAAUGGUCAAAAUAUAUUGGCCGCAGUUCGAUACAUGAAACGACUGUUGGGAGAUACCCUAGAGGGCUCCCUCGGUAGUAUUCUUCGCAAAGAAUAUUCACUUGUUGCGAACUCUUGUGAUUCGGAGAAUAUCGAAACACCGGAACUGACUGAAACCUUUGUUAGAGAUGAGGAAGACAUUUUAGAAUGCGAAUUACAGAUGGUACCUGAAAAUGACGACUUCGUUGAAGAUUUAUCUCGAACCGAAUACGACGAUGAACUGUUUGAAGAUGGCGAAGAUGAUAAGAUGAUUAACAUCGACAUCCUGGAAAGUGUAAGAUGUGGAGCCCAUACAGCUCAAUUGGCUGUAUGGGACGUCUUGCGAGAGUACAAAACUCGCCUCUCGAACAUCAACAAAAAAUGCCUCAGAAUGCACAAGAAAGCCAACCGCCAAAUGUUCAUGUUCCAUAAAACUGCUCUACCACCGAAGGUUUGUGAAACAAGGUGGAAUAUAUGGUACAUAUUACUGCGAUACCUCAAGGAACUAGAAGGUACACCAUUUUUGGCGCUUCUUCAAACCAAUGAUCCGGAUAUUGAUUUCUCUCGGCAAUGGUCUUUCAUAAAUAAGUUUUGUGAUGCCUUUGAGCCGUUGUUCUACCUAACAUUGAGAUCGCAGAAAGAUCAUGUGCCAGUAUCGCAAUUCUACGCAGAUUGGCUACUGUGCCAAGCACAGUUGAACGCAGUCAAUCAAUCGCAAAACAAUGUCUUAGCCAGAAAAUUGCUCGUUGCUAUGGACAAACGAUCGAAGAUACUACGUACCAGCAUGCCUUUUAAAGCAUGUUUAUACAUUGACCCUAGAUUCAAUUUCCUUGGGUCGAAUCGUCUCAGUGCCGAUGAAAAAAUCGAAAUACAGAAAUACCUCAUGUCGUUCAAUAUUCGACUGAACGACCUUGCAGGCCUAAAUGAAGAAAAAUGCAGUGACCGGAAUGAUGAAAAGACUUCUGAUGACUUCGUUGAGGAGUAUCUCACGAACUUAUUUCAGGAAGAAACUGUCACUCUGAGUCCAUCAACAAACAGUUCAGAUUCCUUCAUAACGGAGAUAAUCAAAUUGGAAACUCGCCCGAAGGUUCCCAUCACUGCAUUUUCAGCAAAAGAAGUCACUAAUGCCCUUGCACUACCAUCAACUAGUGCACAUUCCCCAACAUCUGAUUAUUUCGAUAUAUUCAAAUAUUGGAAACAGCGAAAAGUUUCCAAUCCUCGCUUGUACCGCAUUGCCAUGGCACUGCUUUCGAUUCCCUCUACACAAGUUACCGUAGAAAGAUUAUUUAGUCAGUUGAAACUCCUAAUUACAGAUUCAAGAACGCGGCUUGGGGACAAAAUGAUAAAAGAUAUCAUGCUCCUCAAAAUGAAUAAAGUUUUGUGGCCCGAAGUCAUCAUGGUGCUCGAAGCAGAGUUAGAAAAAUGACACACUGUAUAGCUAGAAAUUCUUCGAUCUUUGUUAGAUUGAUGACAGAACUUGUUUAAUCUACAUCUUUUAUUUACUAAUAAAUGAAUUAUGGAAAAUGGUACAUUAGUUUAUUUUUUGUUCUGAUAUCCAGAGUCAUACGCAUUGAAGAGCGAAUAAAGGCGCUAAAAUCUAGGCUUAUUAGCCAGGGCAAUGUGAAAAUACUUUUGUCCCGUCCCAAUGGACCAAAGGAGUGACAUUAACCUUCUUAGCCAAGUCACUCCCAACGAUUUAUUAUAUGCCCCUAAAACUGAAACGGUCGGUCGUUUUUUCC